AUUUGCUAUUCAUUCGUUUCCUCAGCCAUACUGGUCACGGGAUGGAAUUUAACAAUCCUUAAUGCUGACUCCACUAGUUUUAUCCUUCAAUGGACCGGACUUGAUGCAAGUGUUAACCAUCGCGUAGGGUUUUACCUGAUCGAGGUAAAAAGUGCCGAACGUAUUUUAUUAGCGGUGGAAACUGUUCCGGGAAACACUUCUUCUACAGAUAUUAAAGGACUGAGCCCUUCGUCAACGUAUCGUGUGGUCGUUUUUGGCGUUGAUGAAACUGGACAACCGUACAAAAGCUUAGAAAGUGUUGUUACUACGAAAACAGUGUUUUGUGGUGUUCGACCAAGUACAACCCGAAUCGUUGGUGGAACAGUGGCACCAGUCAACAGCUGGCCAUGGCAGACGAUGUUGGUAAACAGUUAUGGACGUCAAUUUUGUGGCGGUUCCUUAGUGGAUGCAUAUUGGGUAUUGACUGCAGCUCACUGUGUGAAUGGAAAUUCACCCUCCAAUAUCAAAAUAAGGUUAGGAGCGCACUACAGAACCAGUAGCAGUAUUGGAACAGAACAAGACAUUGGAAUUGCAAAAAUUAUAAUGCACGAGAAUUAUAACAGUCCCAACUCUUACAGCUAUGAUAUUGCCCUUAUUAAACUUGUGAGCCCGGCUGAUCUUGGAGUUGGAGUUGGGCUUGUUUGCUUGCCAGAUACCAGUCAUCAGCUUCCCCUCGACAACAUAAACAAGAAAUGCUGGAUAACUGGCUGGGGGACUACAUAUUCUGGAGGCCCCUCGGCAAAUUCUCUCAUGCAAGCAGAAGUGCCACUUGUGUCCCAAAGUCGUUGCGAAACUGCUUAUCCUGACCAAAUUGACGACUCCAUGCUUUGUGCUGGUCUAGAUGUCGGAGGAGUUGAUAGUUGCCAAGGUGACAGUGGUGGACCAUUGGUGUGCGAGUUCAAUGGUACCUGGUAUCUUGAGGGAGCCACCAGCUGGGGUUACGGAUGUGCCGUAGCAGGGCGGUAUGGGGUGUAUUCCAAAAUUCGAAAGUUUAAAUCAUGGCUGUUGACAAAUAUGUACACUGUCGUCCCACCUAGUGUAUCACCACCGGCUCAGUCACCUUCUACAUUAGGUAAAAAUGAUAAAAAAUGAUAAUCUUUUAACAAAACAAUUCUUAACACAAUAUGACCUUGUUUAAAAAUUAAUAUUAAGACAGAUAAGGUCCAUUUACAUAAACACUUUUCUUGCACAAAUGGCUACAAAUCGCGUGAUAAGUGUAUCUUUUUCGUCAAAUGUGAUGUCAACUCUAUGUUACACACCGCCAUAACUCUGAAAAAAUGCACUGGUUCCCAAAAUUCUGAAGGAUGCUAUUGGGCUGAAAAUUAUCAACGUAUAUAAAAGAAUGAAUAUUGGCGGAGAAAUGGAGGUUUGUCGUUUUCGCCGGAAGCAAAAGUUUCCCUCUUGAUUGACAGCCCUAUGACUUUAUUGCAAUCAACCGAGACGACGCUUGCACGAAUUACCUGUACGGAUGUCACGAAUUGGCGACUCACAUGACGCUAAAUGGGCAUUAGUUUUUGAUGAAAAAGCUAUUUUCAGUUGAUCAGCGUUGUUGGUCUGACUACCAAGCAUUUUUCGUAUUAGAUGUAAUUCGAUUAAGUUAUUAGCAAAUAUGGACCACGGGAAAUCGAUAAAGCAAAAACAGCAAAGAACGAAUGAAACUACAUCAAUGAGUU